AUGGACUCACCGUCUCUCUCACCAAUGGAGCGUCCCCCGCCGACCACGACGGCUAUUGUUGUCGCCACAGCGAUUCUAGCGGGUGUUGCAGGAUAUUUUAUUGGCCAGGGUGCUUCCAUAGGCCUUUUUGGAUCCUCAAAAUCGGCGGCUUCGUCGUCCUUGAAGAACGAUAAACACAAUGACAGCGAGGAGGAAGAGGAAGAGGACAGUGAGGAUGAGGGAGGGGAGCUUGCGACCUUUGAAGGAAAUACAGAGGAGGUAAAGCUCGUACUCGCGGUAAGAACAGACUUGGGAAUGAGUAAAGGAAAAAUCGCCGCCCAAUGCUCCCAUGCUACACUCGCAUGCUACAAACAUUACCUAGUCAACUCUCCGAACUCUCCCAUUCUUAAGCGUUGGGAAAGAGGCGGCCAGGCCAAGAUCGCUCUCCAAGUUAAGAGCGAGGAAGACAUGCUAUUGCUGCAGGCACAGGCGCUCAGUCUGGGAUUGUGUGCCCGCGUAAUACAGGAUGCUGGUCGGACGCAGAUUGCCCGCGGCAGUCGGACAGUGCUCGGAGUGUUAGGCCCUAAGAGUGUCGUGGACAAAGUAACGGGGCAUCUAAAAUUGCUCUGA